GUCGUGUAUGCCUGCCUCUGGAACACAACAUCAUGUCAUGUGUUACAUUAAUGUUGGUGUAACAGUUUAGUUACACACACAACACAAUAAUGAAAAACAAGAAAGAAAGAUAGAGUAGGUGUGUAGUGUAAUGUGCUUGUAGCAACUACAGUUACACUAUUUUACUUGUACUCUCUCUCUCUCUCUCUCUCUCUCUCUCUCUCUCUCAUGCUUCUUGUGAUUUUCAUUUCACACCUUUUAUGUUUUUCUCUUUCCUCAUUCACUAUCCCUCUCUCUAUCUCUGUCUUUUACACGCAAACUUCAAACUUCUAACCCUAGGAAAUAGGAAUACCCUCUUCAAUAUUUCAACCUUCACCUCUAAGCUUAUUUUCCAUUUUCAUAUUUUCUAUUCUUGGCUCUUUCAGUUUUCCCUUACGCUGUCUUUGGAUUUUGUUUCAGGAAUUCAUGUCAUUCACUCAAUUCUGCUCAAUCCGGAGGAUGCUCCUUUGUGGAUUUUGAUUUCCUUGCAAUUAUCUAUGUGAGUCAUCUUUAUAGUUGAGAAGAUAAAACUAAGUUGUUGCUAGUUAUUUUGCCGAAUCAUCAAAUAUGAAUGCAUCUAGCAAUACAUGUGAGAUAGUGGAAUACCGGGAAGAGAUAUUUCCCGAGUUCGAAACAGAUGAAAAGCCUCAGAGUAGUUGUUCCUACAAAUCAGGAAAAAGGUACUCGAUUGAGGCUGAUAUUGAUCGUCUUUUCAAGGCUAUUGAGAUUAAAAGUUCAUCUAGAGGUCAUAGUACAUCGCGGUCGCAACAGAGUUCUCUUAAAAGACCGAUUAAAGUUUGUCCGUCUCAGGCUUCAGGAAUUGGCAUUGCGGAGCCUGUCAGUUUGAAGCAGGCACUUAGAGGAUUGUGCAUCUCUCAGGCAUCAGAAAUGGCUGCUUUGAAAAGAGUAUCAAAGCAAUGCAGCUCAUCAAGAGUAUCAGAGGUUGGCACGGUAAAGAAGUUGGUCGAAAUCUCCCUAGUGCCAGAGAUAUCUACACUUUCCGGUAAAUUUCCUGUUGUAGCAAUAUCGAGUUCAAGUGCUAAUCAUUCUAUUCCUGUGGUCAGUGCAACAAGAUUAACAGAAAUGACAACUAGGUUUGUGUCCCAAGAUCAGAUCGUUCCUCUUCCACCUGAGGUUGAAGCUGGCAAGCAAACGCUACAAACCGAGGAAGUGCUAGAGGUCAGAAUGAAUCCUGCUACGACGAGUAAAUCUUGUCUCAGUUCUUCAAUGCCGGAUAAGGACCGGGAGAAAAAUUUUCAUUGUGCAUCUUGUCCACCUAGUUCUAGCAAUGAUAGCGGAGUGGGCAAAAACUCAAGCCUUAGUACAUGUUUGGCAAAACCAAUAUUCAAUAACAUGAACUUCCUUAAGAAAAAAGUAAAGAAAGAUCAAUGUUCUGCCUCAAGCUGUGCUACUAGUAGUUUCAACAAGGAGAAUGGAAAUUCUGAUCUUAAGCAUGAUAUUAAAGAAAAUGAUGAUAAACCAUCUCCGUGCAGUUCAAAUCAUAGUAUUGAAGUUAACUCAAUUAAUGUUAGUAGGGAUUCAAGUAAACCUGGUUUUAGUUUGAAUUUCAGUAAGAAAACUAAGUUUCUUGUUACAAAAGUUGACGAAAAAUCAAGAUCAAAGGAAAAGGGUGAGUUCUCUCAGAGCUCAAAAAGUAGCAUGGGUGAGUAUAGUACUAGUAGCACAAGUAUCAGUGAAGAGAGCAAUCUUAGUGGUUCAAGUCGCAGUGGCCAACGACCUCACAUGUCAAAACACUCAAGAUGGGAAGCUAUUCGUGCGAUUCAACAGCAGCAUGGUAACCUAAAUUUGAGGCACUUUAGGCUGAUAAGGAAGCUUGGUAGUGGAGACAUUGGAACCGUUUAUCUUGCAGAACUAAUUGGUACUAGUUGCCUUUUUGCACUGAAAGUUAUGGACAAUGAAUUUUUGGCUAGCAGGAAGAAAACAUUUAGAGUUCAAACUGAAAGAGAGAUCCUUCAAAUGUUGGAUCAUCCAUUUCUUCCUACACUAUAUUCCCAUAUUACUACGACUAAGCUCUCUUGCUUGGUUAUGGAGUAUUGUCCAGGCGGUGAUCUGCAUGUGCUGCGACAGAAGCAAACGUACAAGAGCUUUUCGGAGCAAGCAGCUAGGUUUUAUGUUGCUGAAGUUCUUCUUGCCCUUGAGUAUUUGCACAUGAUGGGAGUUGUAUAUCGAGAUCUAAAGCCGGAAAAUAUCCUAGUACGCGAAGAUGGACAUAUUAUGCUGACAGAUUUUGACUUAUCACUCAGAUGUUCUGUCAAUGCAAUGUUAGUCAAAACAUCUUCACCCGAUGCAGAUGCCGCAAAGAAGACCUCCAGUCCUUGCUCAGGGGCUAGUUGCAUACACCCUUUCUGUCUCCAACCGGAUUGGCAAGUUUCCUGCUUUGCUCCUAUUCUAUUGUCUCCCGGAGCAAAAUCUCGAAAGAUGAAGGCUGACAUAGCUGCUCAAGUUGGUCCACUUCCACAGCUUGUAGUUGAGCCUACCAAUGCACGGUCUAACUCCUUCGUUGGAACAUACGAAUAUCUUGCUCCAGAGAUCAUCAAAAGCGAGGGACAUGGAAACGCUGUAGAUUGGUGGACUUUCGGUAUAUUUUUGUUUGAGCUUUUAUAUGGAAAGACUCCCUUCAAAGGUCCAUCAAAUGAUGAUACAUUAUCAAAUGUCGUGUCGGAGAGCCUUAAGUUUCCAGGUACUCCUAUAGUCAGUUUUCAUGCAAGAGAUUUGAUAAGAGGAUUGUUGAUAAAGGAUCCUGAAAAUCGAUUAGGUUCGAUAAAAGGUGCUGCAGAAAUAAAACAGCAUCCCUUCUUUGAAGGCCUCAACUGGGCUCUAAUACGGUGUGCGGCACCACCGGAGCUCCCCAAGUUUCGCGAUUUUGGAACUAGUGCUCCAUCUAUGGCUGCACAGAAGGAGAAUGCAAAUGACUUAGAGGAUAUAGAUGAUUGUGAAGAGUUUGAGCUUUUUUAGUUAAACUUUUGUUUGCUGCCCUUUUCAAUCUGCUUUUUUUCCCCUUUCUUCUUAUGCUGGGAAGGGAAUUAACUUGAAACUGACUUUGUUUCAGAACCUGUUCUCAUCCUUGUAACACUUAGUAUAGCUUAUAGCAUAAAUGUAAUUUAAACAAUGUGACAAACAUAAAGAUUAGUAUAUGUUGAUACUUAACUAGAAGUUGCAAAUGGAUUGAGGAAAUACGACGAUGUCUUUGGCUUGUC